AUGGCUAAAAUACAGUUGUUGAGAGUGUUUCUCAACCAGCGUUUAACAGCAGCUGCAGAGGAGAUAUUUGGGGCUGUUGCGAAAACGAUAGCAGAGUACCAGGAAGAAGUUUAUCGUUCAAAAGAGGAGAACGGCCGUCUACAGAGGCAGCUUGAUAUCGUUCUCAAACCACCAGAGAUACAAUUACAUAGGACAGGUUUGUCACUAGCUAUUACGUUUGACCUGUUUACGUUAAUAUUAUGCGACAUUGGCAAUCUUAUUUUAUUAAAUUUGAGCACGAAACACAUCAUGUCUUGCUGAAAGACAUAUUUUGUAUUAUGUUUCAUUCAUAUAAAUGUAAUUAUUUUCUCAUCAUGUCAGCUUUGAUAUUUUGGUUUAAUCGUUUCUCCUUCUCUCCAGACCUCCAUCAGCUCUCUCUCACUGUCUUCGAAGAGGAGGUUCCCCCUGAGCAGCAACACUGUGAGCAGGAGUGGAGCCCCAGUCUGGGGCAAGAAGACCCAGAGCCCAAAUAGAUUAAAGAGCAACAACAGGAGCAACACAGGACCAGUCAGGAGGAAGAGUUUCAUAAUUACUUCUUCAUAAUUAGGUCAAAUGACCGUGUGAAAAGUGACUAUGAUCAGGAAGAGGACUCAUGUCAGCCCUCACAUCUUUACCAAACCCAAAGUGAGGAAUAUGAACAGGGAGCCUCUCUACCUAGCACCUAAUUGGAACAGAUCAAAGCUGAACCUGAUGUAGAGGGCUACAUAGUAUUAGAACUAAGGAGUGACUCUCAGCCCCUCUCUGCAGUAAAUCCAGACUGUUCUCCAACCCCAAGUGAAUACAGGGAAGGUGUCAAUGAAGAGGAAAAAUAACCUUGGAUUAGGUUUAAAGCACUCAAAUCAAAGAAAGCACAGAAAAUAACAAGCCAAAGCUCCGGUAUCUGGAAAAAAGGAAGGAAAUCCACAGAGUCAUCCCAUCUGAACCCACACAGUCAACGCCUUACUGCUCCCUGUUGGUGUGGUGUGUGUGGAAAUAAAUGUUACUCUGUGAGUUUUUUAAUAAAACAUACACAAGAACACACAGAGGAUAUAGACCUAGAUUGCCUUUGCGGUGUCUGUGGAAAACACUUUGAGUCCAAAGAAAUUCUGAUAGACCAUCUCCAAACUCACAUGAAAAAUAUUUUUUGUCACUUAUGUGGUCAAUGUUUCAACUGGACUAGUAAUCUGAAAAGACAUAUGAUGAUUCACACAGGGGAAAGACCCCAUCGGUGCAGUGACUGUGGCAAAGGCUUCAGGUCGAGUGAUUGUCUGACAAAGCAUAGGAGGAUUCACACAGGGGACAAACUAUUUCCUUGCCCGGUUUGCCACCGUGGUUUUAACAGACGAGAUAACCUGAAAGUGCAUAUGAGAGUUCACACAUGGGAGAGACCGUAUAUGUGUUCUGAAUGCUACAAAUGUUUUGCCACGUUAACUUCCCUGAAUAAGCACCAGACAAUGCACAAUGAGGAACGACCAUAUGUGUGCACUGAUUGCGGUAUGCGCUUCAAAGCGCUUGAAUCCCAAAGAAGGCACAUGAAGAGUGUUCACAACAAGAAGGAGAAUACAACAUGA